AGUAUUCCCAUGAAGGAAAGUCCAACAGCGGCGGGCGGCGUGGAGUACCGCGUUGCGCAAUCGGGUGACGCCACCUGCAACGGGCUCUUCAGUGCCACCGAAGGUUCCAGAACUAUGGCGCUUAAGAGAGUGUCGGUGCGCUUCAGCUGUCAGUUCCCGGCGUGGAUGACGUCAUCAUCUACAUGGCACACGCUCGACUUCAGCACCAACUACACGUUCCACUCGCGCAACAACACGCUGCGCAUCGCCAACCGCACCGGCGCCGGCGCAGACGACAAGGUCUACUGCGUCAGCGUCAAGGCCAGCUCGCCCAGCGGCAACUCUGUCGCCCUCGUCGCGCACUGGCAGCACCACUGCGUGUCGCGGUACGUGUGCGUGGUGCUGUACCGGCGGGACGCGCAGCUGGCGGAGCUGCAGCGCGGCGCCCCCGCCUCGCGCCCGGACGACGCGUGCUCGCCGCACCACUUCAACGCGGUCACGGCGCCAUACGUCACGCUAGUUGCUAGCAACCCUGAAUCGAAAGUUUGUCCGUACUCCGGUAAGUACAGUAUACAAAGUCACCGGUACCAGAGAACCGCGCGAUCACCUCCCGACAGGGGAGGGCGAGCGAACCGCACCGGGCUGUCGACCUUCAGCGUGCGGAAUGCGACGGAUGCGCACAUGUUGCGCAGCCGGCGGCAGGCAGAGGCCGAGCCUGUCUGUGCCGGCGCAGACUAUCACCGCCUCGAGGUCGGCUGCAACUCGCCCAAGAAUAUGGAGUUUUACUCCGCCUGCGAGAACAAAGACAUGGUCACAG